AUGGCGCCGCCGCCGCUGAAGCUGUUUGACGACCUCGUCGAGGAGGUACUCCUCCGCUUCCCGCCGGACGACCCCGCGAGCCUCCUCCGCGCGGCGCUCGUCUGCAAGCAGUGGCUCCGCAUCGUCUCCGGCCGCCACUUCCGCCGCCGGUUCCGCAGCUUCCACCGCACGCCCCCCAUGUUGGGUGCCUUCACCAAGCUCCACGGCUUCGUCCCCACGUCCUCCUUCAAGUGCCAGGUCCCCGCCGAGGUCCGCCACGGCCGGAUGGUGCUCGACGCCCGCCACGGCCGCGUCCUCUUCCACAACGUACGCCACGCGAGCGAGUGGUGGGAUCCAACCCUCUCCCUCUGGUACCCCAUCUCCGGCGAGCAGCUGGGGCUGCCCAAGCUGCCGCGGGUGCCGGAUCCGCACGAGUGCUCCUCGGGUUUCGCGGUGCUAUGCGCCGCCGCCGGCUGCAACCACCUCGACUGCAGCCACGGCCCCUUCCUCGUGGUCGUCGUGGCAGUUGGCCUCAGUGAGGUCUUCGCCCGCGUUUACUCGUCCGAAGUUGGGGAAUGGAGCGAGCCUACCUUUGCUCCGCACAUCAAUGAAAGUUUGCGUCACCCUGACACAUUGGGAGCAGCCUCGACAGAUGAGGCACCAAGAGAUAGUUCUUCAAGUGCAUGA